CUAGCUCGAUCUAGGGCUGCAACACUCAACACCACACAGUGGUUUCACAAAAAACACUCUAGCUCGUACGUAGACAUGGAUCCAUAUCAUCACUACGGAAACACGCAUGACCCACGCGGCGGCGCCGGCGGCUUCCCCAUCCACCCGCAGCCACAGCCGCCCUACUUCCUCCACCACCACCACCCGGCCGCCGCGCUCGCCGAGGGCAGGCCGAUGAGGGUCGCCGGCGGCGGGCGGCGCCGCCCCGGCACCAAGCUCUCGACGGACCCGCAGAGCGUGGCGGCCCGGGAGCGCCGGCACCGGAUCAGCGACCGCUUCCGCGUGCUCCGCAGCCUGGUGCCGGGCGGCAGCAAGAUGGACACGGUCUCCAUGCUGGAGCAGGCCAUCCACUACGUCAAGUUCCUCAAGGCGCAGGUCACCCUGCACCAGGCCGCGCUCGUGCAGCACGAGCAGGAACAGGAAGAAGGCGGCCGCCACGGCGCCGAUGAUGACGAGGCCUUCACGGCGAUGCAGCUUCUGGGAGUGCACUCCCACGCACACGCCCAGGAGAUGAUGGGCUGCUACCACGCUGCACAAGGAGCUCACCAUCAGCUGGUGGAGGAGCUCGAUCUAGGGCCAGGGGGGCAGAUGAGCAGCAGCGCUCACGAUCUGCCUCCGUUGCCUUCCUGCAUCUUCGACGAGGAGUCGUCUGCGGCUGCGUGCUACUCCGUGUGCACUCUCCAGGGAGAGGAGAUCACCCAUGAUCAUGGAUCGUCUUAUUAGAGAGUAACGAGUAGUAGUGUUCCUUGCCAAAAAAAAAAACGAGUAGUAGUGUUGGUUAGCUAUCUAUCUAGCAGCUUAAUUAGUUUCAUUUGCAUGCAUGCAUGCGUACUAAGUAUUCAUCCGUGACCAAACUUCAUUUGGGGCUCCAAAAAACUGGCCGUCGUGGGCCGGAUGAAGAAAUAAAAACGUGUAAGACCAGGUGUUAUGUACUAGUAGUAGACUCGAUCGAUUAGCCUACUUAGCUCUGGUGAGAUUAAUUACCGAUCGAUCGGUCUGGUAGUAGUAAUUUCUCUCUCGGUGCAUGGAUACAUGCAUGCAUGCAUGUUAACGUUGGUCUAUGUUGAUCAGUGUGAUCACAGGCGGCAACUUUCUUGCUUGAUCCAUGUGGCCGGCCAUAUCAUGUAGAGUUGUAGACGUACCGUCCUAGCGAAUCAGGUUAUAAAUUAA